AUGUCCGUGUGCCUGGCAUAUUCCUGGCGCUGCGAGUGCCAUGGGGCAGGGAGCGGGGGCCCUCAGUCCCGGGAUAGAAGCAGCACAGGUGGAUGCCGGAGAAGAAAGAAGCAGGGGAAGGCGGGAGGCAGAGAGCACAUGGCUGCCCUGCCCCCACCCCACGCUGUGCUGAAAGGCAUCGCGGCCAGCUACCAUGGCGGCAGUCACAAAGGAAGGCGCAGCCCACAUUAUACCGGAAUGCCACCCCCCGGGAAUGUCCCAUAUGACAACAAGGACAGCGUUUUGCAGGUCGCGUUCCCUGGCUGCCAGGCGGUGCGCUUGGGGCUGGAGCUUCUGCUGCCCACUCGGCCGUGGCCGGACAUGUUGGCGCUCCUGUGGCACUAUCGUGUGCUGCUGCGGGUGUCGGCAGGGUUCCCGCAUCUUUGCUUCGGGCCAGCACUGGCCAGCCUGAAGCUUCUGGGUGGCAGAGUCAGCAGCAGCCCCAAGACUGGGUCGGUGGGGGCUCGGAGGAGCCACGGGCACUCAGCCGAUCCUGGAGAGCAGAGCACAGGCGAGGUAAAAACCCUCGACUCAGUGGGUGCGAGGCCCGGGGUGCUGGGGGUGUCGGCGCCUCCGGCCUCCGCCUCACCCGCCCGCGCGUGUCGUGUCCUCGCAGGGGGCCAGUCCUUCUUCAGCAGGAAGGACUCCAUCCGCACCAUCUACACGUCCCUGCACAACGAGCUCAAGAAGCUGGCGGCGGGCCGCGGCGCCCCGGGCGGGGCUGCCCCGCAGGUGGAGGAGCUCCUGUCCCACCUGUCGGAGCAGCUGUGCUUCUUCGUGCAGGCGCGCAUGGAGAUCGCCGACUUCUACGAGAAGAUGUACAGCCUCAGCACGCAGAAGUUCGUCAACGCCGACGAGCUCGUGGGCCUCCUGGACGCCAUCCUCCGGAAGUACAGCGCCAGGUUCCACCACCCGAUGCUCAGCCCGCUGGAGAGCAGCUUCCAGCUGGAGGCCGACGUGCUGAGCCACCUGCUGAAGGCCCAGGCGCAGGUCUCCGAGUGGAAGUUCCUGCCGUCGCUGGUGAGCCUGCACAGUGCGCACGCCAAGCUGCAGGCCUGGGGCCAGGUCUUCGAGAAGCAGCGGGAGACCAAGAAGCACCUGUUCGGGGGCCAGUCCCAGAAGGCCGUGCAGCCUCCCCACCUCUUCCUCUGGCUGGUGAGGCUCAAAAACAUGCUGCUCGCCAAGUUCAGCUUUUACUUCCACGAGGCCCUGAGCCGGCAGACGACGGCCUCCGAGAUGAAGGCUUUGACCGCCAAGGCCAACCCGGACCUCUUUGGGAAGAUCUCCAGCUUCAUCAGGAAGUACGACGCUGCCAAUGUGUCCUUGAUUUUCGACAACCGCGGCUCAGAGAGCUUCCAGGGCCACGGCUACCACCACCCGCACUCCUACCGGGAGGCCCCCAAGGGCGUAGACCAGUACCCCGCCGUGGUGUCCCUGCCUGGCGACCGGCCGGCCCUGCACUGGCCCAACGUCAUCAUGCUCAUGACGGGCCGCACGGCCGACCUGAGCAGCCUGGAGAAGGUGGUGCAUUUCUACGACGACAAGGCCCAGAGCACCUACUUCCUCACCCGGCCCGAGCCGCACUUCACUCUCGUCGUCAUCUUCGAGUCCAAGAAGUCGGAGCGGGACUCCCACUUCAUCUCCUUCCUCAACGAGCUCUCGCUCGCUCUCAAGAACCCCAAAGUGUUUGCCAGCCUGAAGCCGGGCUCCAAAGGCUAG